CCGCGCCAAAAAGGUUUCUUGCCGCUCUUGUGAGUAAGUUGGCGCUGGGGCUUCUCCGCUCCCCUCACGUCGACCGGUUCUCUCCUUUAAGCGGGUGCCUCUGGAUACAACGCGGUUUUCCCCCCCCCAUCUCGUCCUCUCCCCCCCCCUUCCCUCCCCCUCACGGCGGAAAGUUAGUUGGCAGAGGGGGAAGAAAGAUGGAUAUGAAGAGGAGAAUCCACCUGGAGCUGAGGAACCGGAUGCCUGCCGAUGUACGAGAACUUGUUCUGGACAACUGCAGAUCCGAUGAAGGGAAGAUUGAGGGGUUGACAGCAGAGUUUGUGAACUUAGAGUUCCUCAGCUUAAUAAAUGUAGUGCUGAUUUCAGUUUCGAACCUUCCGAAACUUCCCAAGUUGAAAAAGCUUGAGCUCAGCGACAACAGGAUUUUUGGAGGGCUCGAUGUAUUGGCUGAAAGGCUUCCAAACCUUACACAUCUAAACCUUAGUGGAAACAAACUGAAGGACAUUGGCACCUUGGAACCAUUGAAAAAGUUGGUGUUCCUGAAAAGCUUGGACCUGUUUAACUGUGAAGUGACCAACUUGAUUGACUAUCGGGAAAAUGUCUUUGGCCUCCUGCCACAGUUGACUUACCUGGAUGGAUAUGACCGGAAUGACAGAGAAGCUCCUGAUUCUGAUGCUGAGGUAGAUGGUGUGGAUGAUGAUGAUGAUGAUGAUGAUGAGGAGGCUGAGGAAGAGGAGGAGGAGGAGGAGGAAGAGGAGGAGGAGGAGGACGAAGAUGCCGAAGAGGAGUAUGAUGAAGAGGACGAUGACGAGGAAGAAGUAGACGGAGAAGAUGAGGAGGAUGAAGUCAGUGGAGAGGAGGAUGACGUGGGACAAGGAGAGGUGGAGGAAGAAGAUGAAGAUGAAGAUGAUGAAGAGGAAGAUGAAGAAGAGACUGCAAGAGGUGAGAAGAGGAAGAGAGGAAGUGAUGAUACUGGGGAUGAAGAUGAUUACUAAAACCCCAGGUUACCUGAAAAGAACUUUUCAGUAUUGGUUGAAUUACCCCUAUGGAGUUUUGCUAAUGAGGAGUACGUGCAAACAAUUGGUAUCUGUAUAACAAGCCCCAGGAUAUCCAAAGAGCCAAAGAAAUCGUUCUUCUGACAUUCCACGUUUUUUCCAGUCAGUCCCUAUUGGCUACCCACCAGGUGGUUUUGUUGUUUUGUGUUUCUUUUUGUUUGUUUUUUUUUUUCCAGACUAAAUAUACAAACUCGGGGCAUAGUAAAGUGGUUCCAUCCUUUUACUGUUGUUGAGUUCUUAGGUUUUCAUAUAAGCCUUGCUCUAAAAAAAAGAACAGUUGUGAGUGGUGAGUCAUAAUUGUCAGUGACUACCAGGUAACAUCAGAUUGUAGUACUGUUUUUACUUUCUGUAAAACAAAAACUUUGUAAAUAAAACCUUAACGUUUUGGGGUCUUUUUCA